AUGCAUACUUUGAAAGGAUUUUCCCUUAUCUUUCUUCUUAUUUUCACAACUUUACAAAUCACUCAUGCUGUGCCCGCUCCUGCCCAAAAUCUAAAGGAGGCUCGGUAUGUAGAGAUAAGGUCAGGCAGUCGGGGUCCAGAUGUGCAAAUGAGCGAGAUGCCUGACUGGACUUUGGGCUAUUAUGGGGAUGAUGCCUACCUCAAUGAAGAUGACAAGAGAGUUUUUGGUGGCGACGCGUUGUAUAUAUACGCGUCAAAAGAAGAUUAUAAGGUUGAAGGUAUAAAUCAUGACAAAGACACACUUAUUGUGAAAGUCUUGAAGUAUAAUGAUAAACAUUCUUGGGGUGAAGUUAAAGCUCUCAAAGAUGUUGGUCUUUACAUUGACUCGGGGCUAAUCACGGUUCAGGAAAGUGAUUGUUACGCUAUUGUAAUGAAGAUGGUCAAGGGGGUAUUGUUAGAAGAGACCGAAGAGUAUAAAAAUGCCAGACUGGCACAAAAAAAGGCGUUGUUGGAAGAAGUCAAAUCACUUGUGAAGGAGGAAGUUGUACGUUUUGCGGUCCAGAAGCAGAUUCUUCACGCUGAUUUCCAUGUCGAAAACUUCCUUGUUGGAGGAAGAAAGACUGACAAAGGAAUGACUCUAGAUAUCCCGAUCACUAGAGCUGAACUUGUGGAUUGGGGGUACCCUGGUAUUUACAAAGUGAAAAAGGAUCUAACCAAGGCUGAAGUAGAAGAAUGGUUUGAUCUAGAGUGACACUAUUAUGUUACUCCGGCUUGGUAAAUUGAUAGUCUUGCCAGCCAGAAUUCACUUUCGCCGUCGACGUCCGGACAACAUAUGUACAC